AGACAAAAUUUAAAAUGCGCGCAUGAAGGAAUCGUGCGACUUUCAAUCGAACAGAAUCGAAUUCAAACGAAACGUGGUUAUAGGAUCGAUAUUAAAAAAUCACAUGUGUUUUCAUUAGCGGUAGAUCUAAGUUGAAACACUAAAGUAUUCAAAAAAAUAUUACAAUGAAUAAAUUCUGUUACCUGUUGUAACUAAUUCAUAAAAUGAUACCAGUAUUUAUCGAAAUUAAUGUUAGUUUGUAGUUUUAAUAAUUUUUUAAUCUUUAGUGAUUAACCUAAAAACUAUUUAAAAAUGUCUACAACAGAAGAAGAAAAUCCACAAACUUUGAAAUUAACGAGAAAUACUUUUUUUUCAUCAAUGAUAUCUGGUGCAGCAGCCGGGCUUGUAUGUGAUUUUAUAUUUUUUCCUAUGGAUACUAUUAAAACAAGACUUCAGAGUCAACCUGGUUUUAUUAAAUCUGGAGGAUUUAAAAAACUUUAUAAAGGUCUUGGUCCAGUGAUUGCUGGAUCGGCACCAACAGCAUCGCUGUUUUUCGUAACUUAUGAAGGCUUCAAAGAAGUAGUCCAACCUCAUGUUCCAACUAGACAUCACACAUUUGUUCAUAUGGGAGCAGCAUGUGUAGGAGAAUUGGUUGCUUGCCUUAUUAGAGUACCUGUUGAGGUGCUUAAACAACGUAGACAAGCUUUAUUAGCCAAUUCAAACCCUGCGGCUCUAGGAAUACGAACACUAUAUCGAGGCUAUGGAAGUACUUUAUUGCGUGACCUUCCUUUCGGGUUUUUUCAAAUGCCUUUAUGGGAGUAUUUAAAAUUAUGUUGGAAAAGAAGAAUGCAGAGGGAUUGUACUCCUUUUGAAGGAGCUGUUGCUGGUGCUUUGUCGGUUACUAUAUCAGCUGCAAUAACAACUCCACUAGAUGUUAUAAAAACAAGAAUUAUGCUUGCACAUUCUGCUCAAAAAAAAGUUAAGAUUUUUAUGACCAUGAAAGAAGUAUACAGAGAAAAAGGAGUUAGAGGAUUAUUUGCUGGCUGCUUAUUGAGAGCUGUUGGGUUUACAGCAGGAGGUUUUAUAUUUUUUGGAAUUUAUGAACAAUCAAAGUAUAUUUGCUCAACAUAUUUAUUUCCAAGUCCGUCAACUGAAUCAUCAUGAAUGCAUAGUUUCUUGCAAUGAAUUUUCGAAUCAAACUUCUAGUCGAUAAAGUUAUCCAGAGCACAAUUAGAUUUUAAUCAAUCAGCUAGUUUGAAUUUAGGUCAUAUCUGACCUAUCUCUUUUAAAAGUAAAUAAAUGUAAAUAAUUUAAUACUUUGUCAAUGUUUAUACACAAAGUAACAAUUACAUUAACUUUUUAAUGUACAUCAC